AUGGCAUUGAAACGUUCAUUGGGUGUAUUCUCACAAAGUUCAUCAUUUCAAUCACCCAUUUCAACAAUCUAUCGAAUGUUUCACAUACGUUCUGUUCAACGACGUAAUAUUCUUCUUAAUAUUUUAUCCUUAAUUGGAGCUUAUUGGAUUAUCACAACAUUGAUCUCGCUUUCCAUUCAAAAUGUUGGCAGUCAUGUACGAGGACGCGGGCUAUUGUUGAAGGAACCGGUUGGUGGUCGACAGUUACAGUUGCAGGACGGUUAUUCCGUAAUCGAUGAUUCCAAACAAAAGCAAGAAAUUAGCAGUAACAAUGAUAGUAGAAAUGAAAAUUUACAAGUGCUUCGAGUUUAUGGAAAAUCAGUGGAAGCUAAAAAGUUGAAAAAAUUUGAUGAAAUAAUUGAAAUUGCUGGAGAAGAUAAUAAUGGAUUAGAAAAGCCUAAUAUUCCGCAACCAAAACGUUUUGUUUAUAUGGAAGGUAGUGCAAUUUAUAAACGUGAUGAUCCAAAUCAAUUUGGUGAAUUUGGUGCUGGCGUGAAAAUUGACAAAAAGAAAUUAUCACCAAAAGAGCGUAAAAUAUUUGAGGAAGGAUUUAAGCGGAAUUCAUUUAAUGAAUAUGUCUCAAAUAUGAUUUCCAUACAUCGAUCACUUCCAAAUAAUACCGACGAAUUAUGUCGUAAAGCAUCUUAUCGAGAUGAUUUGCCGGAUACAUCGGUGAUUAUUUGUUUUCAUAAUGAAGCCUGGUCAGUACUUCUGCGCACAGUGCAUAGCGUACUGGAAAGAACACCUGUCCAUCUGCUUAAAGAAAUUAUCUUAGUCGAUGAUUUCUCCGAUUUGGAACACCUAAAGAAACCAUUAGAGGAUUAUAUGAGUCAGUUUGGUAAAGUUCGAAUAAUACGAUUGGAAAAUCGAAUGGGUUUGAUUCGUGCUCGACUUCGAGGUGCUUCGGUUGCAAGAGGAAAAGUAUUAACUUAUUUGGAUUCACACUGUGAAUGCAUGAAUAGAUGGCUUGAACCGUUAUUAGAUCGAAUAGCGCAAAAUUCCACAAAUGUGGUAACACCUGUAAUUGAUACAAUUGAUCUGGAAACAUUGCAAUAUCAUUUAUCAAAUCAUCAUCGAUUGAGUGUUGGCGGAUUUAAUUGGGGUCUUGUUUUUAAUUGGCAUAUAUUACCGGAUCGUGAUUAUAAAGCCAUGAAAUCACGGAUUGAUCCCGUACCAUCACCAACGAUGGCUGGUGGAUUAUUUUCCAUUGAUCGAGCUUAUUUUGAGAAACUUGGCGGUUAUGAUCCUGGUUUUGAUAUUUGGGGUGGUGAAAAUCUCGAAAUAUCGUUUAAGGGUGAUUUUGGUGAUGUAUCGGAACGGAAGAAAUUACGAGAACGUUUGAAGUGUCACUCAUUUAAAUGGUAUUUGAAUAAUAUAUUUCCAGAUUUGUUUCUACCAACAGAAGCAAUUGCUAGUGGUGAAAUUCGUAAUCUUGGCAAUCGAAAGUAUUGUGUGGAUCAUGAUGUUGGUCGAAAUGCUAUAAAUGAUAGUGUUAUACCAUAUCCAUGUCAUUUACAGGGCGGUAAUCAGUUCUGGAUGUUAAGUAAAAGUGGUGAAAUACGACGUGAUGAAUAUUGUAUUGAUUAUACGGGUAGAGGAUCACCAGUAACUUAUGAAUGUCACGGUUCCAAAGGCAAUCAACUUUGGAAAUACAGUCAUGAGACUGGUCGAUUGUAUCAUCCAAUAUCACGUAACUGUUUAACACUGAGCGAUGAUGAUACGAUGUUAGUAAUGAGGGUUUGUGAUGAUAAGAACCAACGACAACGAUGGAGGUUUCAGCACUUCAAUGAAACCUUAGCUGCACAUGCAACCGAUUAUCGUGAAGUAAUCUCGGUUCAUGUUGGACAAGCUGGCGUACAGAUUGGAAAUGCUGCAUGGGAGUUAUUUUGUUUGGAACAUGAAAUUCAACCGGAUGGAACAAUGUCAACUCAGAAUAAACAACAUAUUGAUGAUUCGUUCUCAACUUUCUUUUCUGAGACCGGAACUGGACGUCAUGUUCCUCGAGCUAUUUUAAUCGAUCUUGAACCUUCCGUAAUUGAUGAGAUUCGAACAGGACCAUAUAAACGUCUCUUUCAUCCGGAACAAAUGGUUACUGGUAAAGAGGAUGCGGCAAAUAAUUACGCACGUGGACAUUAUACAGUUGGUAAAGAAAUAAUUGACGUUGUACUAGAUCGGAUCAGACGACUUGCUGAGAACUGUACCGGUUUACAGGGUUUUCUUGUAUUUCAUUCAUUUGGUGGUGGUACAGGUUCUGGUUUUACCUCAUUAUUGAUGGAACGUUUAACAGUUGAUUAUGGUAAAAAAAGCAAGCUAGAAUUUUCAAUCUAUCCGGCACCGCAAGUUUCUACUGCAGUUGUGGAACCGUAUAAUUCAAUCUUGACUACACAUACAACAUUAGAACAUUCCGAUUGCUCAUUUAUGGUGGAUAAUGAAGCGAUUUAUGAUAUAUGUCGUCGUAAUUUGGAUGUAGAAAGACCAUCAUAUCCAAAUCUUAAUCGUUUAAUUUCACAGGUGGUUUCUUCGAUCACAGCUUCACUUCGUUUUGACGGUGCACUGAACGUGGACCUGACGGAAUUUCAGACAAAUUUGGUGCCAUAUCCACGUAUUCAUUUUCCGCUAGCAACUUAUGCUCCAAUAAUUUCAGCUGAAAAAGCCUAUCAUGAAUCGUUAUCAGUAAUGGAUAUUACCAAUUCAUGCUUUGAACCGGCUAAUCAAAUGGUUAAAUGUGAUCCACGUGUUGGGAAAUAUAUGGCAGUAUGCCUUUUAUAUCGUGGUGAUGUUGUACCGAAAGAUGUCAAUGCUGCUAUUGCGAGUAUUAAAACAAAACGUACGAUACAAUUCGUGGAUUGGUGUCCAACUGGUUUUAAAGUAGGUAUUAAUUAUCAACCACCGACAGCUGUUCCAGGUGGUGAUGUUGCAAAGGUACCACGCGCUGUAAGUAUGCUAGCCAAUACGACAGCUAUUGCAGAAGCUUGGGCAAGAUUGGAUUAUAAGUUCGAUUUGAUGUAUGCAAAACGUGCCUUCGUACAUUGGUACGUUGGAGAAGGCAUGGAAGAGGGCGAAUUCACGGAAGCACGUGAAGAUCUUGCCGCUUUGGAACGUGAUUAUGAAGAGGUCGGUUUCGACAGUAAUGACGGCAAUGACCUGGAAGGUAUUGAUGGUAGAGAGUAUUGA